AUGUCUAUGCAAGUCAGAAACAAAGGAUUGGGUAUCCGUCAUUUGCAGGCAUUAUUACUGCUCUCAGCAAUCUUCAUCCAGUUUAUAAUGAGAUUCAGUAUAAGCAUAUCUAUAGUUGCAAUGACAAAUUUUUGCAAGUCAAGUCCCGCCAAUUCUGUGGAAUUUAAAUGGACCAAUUCAGAAAUAAAUUACGUCCUUGGAGGAUUUUUCUGGGGUUUCACAUUGACCCAAUUUCCUGGAAGCUAUCUCACACGGCUAUAUGGAGUCAAAUUGAUACUAUUUGUAUCAGUUUUUGGAUCAUCACUGUUUGCUUUGAUAACUCCAUUUUGUAUACCCUUCGGAGGAUGGAAAUUAUUCUGUGGAAUACGUAUUUGUCAAGGUAUUUUCCAAGGACUUUUAUAUCCUUGUGUUUACAAUCAUCUCUCCAAUUGGUCUCCAGUUGAAGAAAGAAAUAUUCUAGGAGGAAUUGCUUUGUCCGGUCAAGAAUCUGGAGCUCUUGUUGCAAUGUUCGGAAGUGGACUUAUAGCUUCUUCCAGUAUUGGCUGGCCAGGAAUUUAUUAUAUAUCUGCUACUUUUGGAGUUAUUUUUUGCUUUUUGUGGAUGAUUUUUGCUUCUAACAGUCCAUUAGAGUCAAAUUGGAUAACGUACCAUGAACAAAAUUACAUUCUUUCGUCACUAGAUAAAAGUGAAGUUGGUGGAAAUAUGAAGAAAAUUCCAGUUCCAUGGAAAUCUAUAUUGACUUCAAUACCAUUUUGGGCAUUACUUGUUUCAGCUUGUUCGGAAUCAUUUGGAAUGACAAUUUUUGAAGCUCAAAUUCCUUCAUAUUUAAAUGGAGUUCUGAGUUUGGAUAUCAAUAAAAAUGGUCUCUAUUCAUCGUUAGGGUACUUGGCAAUGUGGUUAAUGGGAUUUGUGAACUUAUUUAUUUCAAUAUUUCUGCUGAAGAAAAAAGUCCUCACAUUGACAAGCGUUCGAAGGACUUUUAACACUAUUGCACUUUGGCUUCCUGCUGUGGGUUUUAUUGGAAUUGGAUUUCUUGAUAAAGAACAAAAAGUCGAAGCUGUAAUUUUAUUGAUUAUUAUGAUGGGACUUCAUUUGGGUACUACCAUCGGGAGUUCAUUAAAUAAUUUAGAUCUUGCACCUAAUCACGCUGGAGUACUAGUUGGGAUGAUUAAUACAAUAGCGAGUGGAAUAGCAAUUGUUUCGCCUUUGACAGUUGGAUUAAUAGUUGAUGAUAAAGUAAGUCCUUAA